AUGUACAAAGAUUUUCUUAAAACAAUCAAACGAUACCUAUGUAUCAUUAUUUUCACUAAUAUUGCUAUAUUAGCAAUCACGGUACCACUUCUUGUUUACUUUAUAAUUCAUUCUAAAAAUGAUGAAGUUACACCAGUUACUAUAUCAAAUACAACAACUACUGCUGAAAAUCAAUUAACAAAUAGUUUUACUACAAAAACAAGUACAACAAAUAACAACAUUCACACAUCGACUUCUACCCAAUUAGUCUUUUGGAAUAUAGAUACACCACUUAACACUGGACGAUCUAACUUUGGAAGCGUAUUAUUAGCAAAUGGGCAAGUUCUUGUAGCUGGAGGUUUACUUAAUUCCAAUACAGAUUAUUCAGGGACUGAAGUUUAUACAUCAAUCGGAUGGCAAGUUGCAACUUCGAUGACAGGACCACGUGAUUUCCAUACUGUUACUGCUUUUGCAAAUAAUACUAAAGUAUUAGCCGCUGGUAGUGCAGGUAUAUCCGGUAAACAAACUGCCGAAGUAUAUAACAUUGUAAACAAUAGAUGGGCAUUAACAUCAGUCAAUAUGUCAAGUUCUCGUUACUCACACACAGCUACACUACUUUCAAAUGGACAAAUACUCAUUGCAGGUGGAUCGAACGCUUCAGGUAUAAGUAUAUCUGAAGCCGAGCUUUAUAUUCCAUCAUCAAACUCAUUUAUUAACACAACUAAUAUGAAUAUAGCAAGAUGUUGUUUUACAAGUACACUUCUUAGUGAUCGAUCCACUGUACUUGUUACAGGAGGUCGAGCUUAUCAUGCUGUUGUAUUAUUAAAUGAUGGAACUGUAUUAAUUGCAGGCGGAGGUAGCGGUACACCAAAUGCAUACUCAAGUGCUGAGAUUUAUAAUGCAACAACACAAAACUUUAUAGCUGUUGGAUCAAUGCAAUAUCGUCGAGGAGGAUUAACACUUACACUUCUACCAUCAGGUAAAGUAUUAGCAAUUGGUGGUGCUGAUUGA